CUCAGAAAACUCUAAGAACCAGAUCUAGAACUACAGAACUAGAACUACAGAACUAGAACUAAAGAACAUGAAGAUGGACUCCAUUGUUGGGAGAAACUGGACACUGACCUUCCUGGCUGGGACUCUGCUCUGGACCACCCACUGCCUAGCUGCUCCCAUGCAGUGUCACUUCAACUCUAAAGGCCUGUGUGUGUACGAGGGGAGACACUACUCCCUGGGGGAGUCCUGGAUGGAGGACGGCUGUCUGCAGUGUACCUGUCUGCACCCCAUGGGCGUCGGCUGCUGUGAGACGGUGCAUCGCCCGGUAGAUUUCCCAGCUUGGUGCGAGGUUCGGGUGGACGCUCUAGCCUGUAAAGUGACCCUGGUGCAGAGCGCUGACCCUCGCCUGCCCUGCUUCCCUGGGAAUGGACACAACCUGGGCCCCAGCCACGGCUCACGGGACAACAACUACCUGCAGAUGGUGGAGUAGACAGGGACCCCGGUCAGACAGUGGAGGGACGGCCU